CCUAUUCAUUCUUAUUGCAACUCUCGACCAAAUCGGAAGCAAAGUACCGAAGAAAAGGGUAGUGAAAAAAAUUUGCAAGUAAAUAAGAGAUAGUGAUUGAGUGGGAAUUUGAUUAAUUGCAGCGUGUAACGUUGAUAGCAAAAAAAAAAGCCAUUGCCUGAAAGUGUGCGCUUUUUCUGGUGAAUAAAGAAAUUGAAAGAGAGAACUGCUUGAGGCCAAAAUAUUCUGUAAAAUUGUACGGAAGAGUGCCAAGGAGCGCAAAAUUGAAGUACAUAGGACAAGUUAUUUAGUACAUGGUGUCGUGGUAAUUUUCCACUGUCGUUCGGUUGUAAAACGUACGGAGGAACUCCUUCAAUUGGGGUCACAGAAACUCUGAGGCAUAACCAUACGGAGCUGUUGCAGUCAUCCUCAUAUUCUGGAACUUUCCAUACAAUUGCCAAAUAUUUCUCAUCCAUCGACAGUUUUUUGUUUUUGGUGGAGGACGUUUGAAAACUGGCCCAGAGAAUAAUUUGUGCGUUGUGUAGGCCUGAAAAAGGAAGAAGAAUAUUCUAUCGAUUUUGUGUUCUCAAUACACAACAAUACCGUGAAGAAAUUCUCACAGUUGUCUUAAAGAGGAAAAAGUGCUGAAGUUUGUAUUGGAAAUAAAUCAUCGAAGUGGCACAACGACAUCCAUAGGAUUUCUUUUAAAAGGAUACUGAUAUAAAAAAAAAUUAGCAGAGAUGGCUUUUAUGGUGCCUGUGAUGAAGAAUGAGUUCAACAUCUACAAGACAGAUCGGAAUAGACGGAUAAGUGAAUGUUCCAACAGUUCAAGUGCUUGCCGAUCACGUAAAGUGUCAGAGAGCUCACGAUCCGAGGGACCAAGUUUGUCAACGUCACCGGGAAAUGAUUUUUGCAUGGGAUCACCGAGUCAGCGAAACUACAUGAAUCGCAACACAUCACGUGGUUUCUCGAGGAAUUCCUCAAGAACGUCACAGAACUCCCUCAUGAGUCCCACAAAGAACACAAGCACCGGCUGCAGUCCACCCAAACCAUCGAGUUCAGGGAGUCAGGGCAGCCUCAAUAAAUUCCACAAUAGACUUGUGGACAAAUUGAAGAAGACUCUGAGGCGAGACAAUGGCCGUGAGGAGAGUAGGUCUUGAGGUUCCUCCCUGGACAAUGCCGGAGGAUCAGCGUGUCUAGAACCCACUGGCACGCCUGAGGGCACGACGCCCAAGAGAAGUGCAUCACGCACGAGAUCUCUCUUCGGCCGGCACGACACGAGGUAGAUGGUGCAAGGUAAUAAAUCCUUCUCUCCAGAAACCUCAUUAGGUGUCCCAGAUCUACACUUUUUUUUUCUUAAGAUUAAGUAUAUACUUCUAUAUAGGUUUAUCACUUAAAUAGUGAUUAGGAUAAGGACUAAUAACUUUUGCGAUAUGGAUUGGUGAUUUAAGCCUAAGUACCGUUGAAGAUAACUGGUUUUUAAGAGGUACGUUCAAAAUUUUGAAAGGUUUUAAAUUUGGAAAAAUAGGGCGGUUUCAUACAUCCACAAGCUUUGAAAAUAUUUAUUUUUUAAAAUAGUUUUCCCACAUUUGACAUUUCUAAGGAUGAAAUUGGCAGAUAAAUUCUUUAGAUAUUCAAUUUAGAAGUUUCGAAUAUUAAAAAAAAAUUUAAAAAAAACAAGAGAUUUGAACCCAGGUCAUCUGCAUCGUAGAGCAAGUACUCUAGUGUUGCUGAUGUUUCAUACCCAAAAGAAAUCAGGCUGAUCUUCGAGAAUAUUAAUACAGUUGAAUUUGGCGGUAAAGAAAAUUUUGCAAAGAACUAUUCAUGAUCUUAAAUUGUCGACCUAUAACAGUUUAGGCAGAUCCUUUACUUAAAAUAAUAAUAGUGGCGAAACGUUCCAUAGAUUAACUAAGGCUUUCCUGCAAGGGGAGUUCGCCACAUGCAUUAUUAUUUUUUUCCUUAUACAGAGAUGGGGUUAUCAGUCCCAUGCUCCGUGGAACCAAGUGCAGUAAAGCUCACUGGAAGCAAAUCGAACACCCUUAACGCCAAAAAAAUACUGUUGACGUAAAGGGGACUCGAACCCGGGACAUUUGCAUCAUACAGUAGAUUCUCGCUCAAUCGGCUCUUUUUCAAUCGGGCGAAAAAUUUUGUUGACAAUUAUCACGUUUAAUUAUGAAGCUAAUUUGCUCAAAUUCACUGUAGUUCUUCUAUUUUAUCGUGAUUCUUUAUAAUUGAGCACUUUUUGUGGAAUUUACAAAGGCUUUGACGCCCAAAUCUAUCGAUAAACCGGAUGACAUUUUGCGCCAAAUGCCCAAUUGAGAGAGAGUCUACUGUAUAGCGAGUGCUCUAUCACUUGACCCACUGAGUGCCUAGGUUGAUCUUUUACCGCCAAAUUCAAUGGCUAAAGGUAAAACAAACAAUCGAACUGGUCCUGAAGAAUUAAAAACGUAUGAAAUUGCCCCAUUAUCCACCAAGAAAACAAAUUUGGUAAUAAACUUUUCAUGUUGAAAUUCUCAAAUUGACCACCCUUUACAGGAAGGAUAUCGUCUAAUAAAAAAUUGAGAAGAAAAAACCAACGAGGUUUAGACUUAAAUCUUCAAUCUGUGUCGGACUUUACUGAUAGAAUUGCUAAUUGGCUACAAUAUAUUGAAUACGCUGUUUUAUAUUAGUUUCAACUCAACAGCGUAUUCCUCAGGAAGUGACUUGUCAGAUUAAUAAUCUACAUGCCAUUCCUGAGCCAAAUAAGGAUACUAAUUCAAAUUAACUUUUAUUAUAUUGGUAUAGUAUUUUCUAACAAUCUCUCUCUGAUCUUAGUGUAAUGAAAAAUAAAUUGCAAAAGCUGCAUAGCAGAAUUAUCCGCUUAAUUGCGAAGUAGCUCAGUCUACAACUAUUUCUGCCUAAAGGACUAUAUUUUGUCCUUACAAAAAAAAACAAUGAAGAAAGAUUUUUUCACAUGGAAAAAAAUAACGUGAAACUUGAUAAGACUUUUCUUCUGCAUAUCUUUUGAGUCACGAUAGUGACUCUUAAAGCUAUCACAGAAAUAAUAACUUAAAUAUCCCAAUUAAGGGAGCUAUUACGUGUCAGAUGCUUGCUGUUCGUAGAAAAUAAUGAUAGAAAUGAAGUAAAUAAAAAAAGCAAAAAAUCAGUUGGGAGAAAACUUUUUUGGCACAUUUUGUAAUAAUAAAUUGUUCUCUCGUAUACAAAUUUUCCUAUAACAUCAUAGAGAGUUCGUGUUAAAGUAUAAUCAGUGUUUGAUGAGAGAGAAAAUUGCUUAUAUUCCCUCAAAAAAAAAAUUAUUAAUCUCAAAAGGGGAGUAAAAUAUCAAAUAUUAGCAAGUAUAGAACUUGCAAUAAUAAUGCUAAAUAACAUCGCAUUAACCCAAUACUUAAGUGUAAUCCAAACAGAUUUUCUUUUGGAGUUUUUAGUGAGCACCACAGCUCAAUGUUGCAAAGAUUAUCUCUAAUGUUAGUGAUGAUGAUGAAAAAUAUAUUUACACGUCGUGUUAAUUAACAAAAUAAAUUUAUUGAUGGAAUAUUUACGUUUGACCAAAUUUUUCCAAAAGCUCUUUUGGACAAAUAUUCAGAAAUUUUUUUGUCGUCCCCUUGCGCAUUGAGAGCCAAUGCGUGUUUCUUAAAUAAGUUAAUGACGAAUUUCCUCUUUAACACGUUAGUCAAAAUGUAUAACGUCACUAGAACACUAGUGGUGUUAUUGAAGCACAAAUUACCAAUUUAUAGUUUUUAUUUUAUUUUUUUUUUUAAUUUGGUUUUUCUAGCAAAAAUUAAAAAUUAGUGAAAAGAAAACCUUAGAAGAACUAUACAAGAAAAAAAUUCAAUGCCACUGUCACUGUCCAAUUUUGAUCAUGUCUCUUUUACAACUCAGGAUUAUAUCACUUGAAAAUUUGAACAACUAUAAAGAAGUAAACAAUUAAGAUAAAAUACAAAAUUAUUAAGAUAUAUGAUUGUAUCGUUGAUUUUUUUUUAAACAAUUGGAUCAAGGAAAUUUUUAAUGAUAUGAAAAAAACACGCUUAUAGAAAAAAAAAUCAUGAAAAUGACAAUAAUUUUUCUACAAGAUCUUGAAGAGAAUCAUGAAGAGAAAGACAAGAAGUCUGCGUCAUUUUCACCCACACAGAAAAUCGUGUUUUAUUUUUAAUUAACCGUUUUGGUUUUGAAGAAGAAGUAGUAGCAAAAACAAAAAAGAAAGAACCAGAAAUAUCAUCCGUAAAAAUGAUAAACAAAUAUUAUUUAUUGAAUUUUAAUGAUAACACAGCUGUGAUAUGAAUAGAUUUACUAUAUAUUUGAGAAGAAACAAAAAAAAAGAAUUAGUUUAAAGUGUAUUUGUAUAUUAUGUAUAUGCAAGUGGAUUUAAAAAAAAAGAAGCCAUGAUUAAGAAAUUUUAUGAAAAAAAAACUGAAUCUAUUUAUAUUUAAAGAAGGAAAAAAUCGUACAGCUUUAUUGUGAUGUACGUAACGCUAUACGAAAAAUAUAUAUUAUAUGUAUUUCUCACAUAUUUAUAUACAUUUUUCUCUCCUUCCCCAAAAAAAAAACUUUGAUAAAGCAGUGACUCGGUAGAACAAAAAAACAAACACAUUUCCUUUCUGAAGAACGGAUAUUGAAAAAUUCAUGGAAACAUUUUAUCCCAUAUUGGCACAAAAAUCAUUGCAGAUAUUCGCUUAACAAAAAAUCUACUAAAAUUUUGCUAUAGCAGUGAAAUUUAUAAAAAAAAGAGGAAUAACAUUUAGUUAAAUCAAAUCUCUCUCCCUCUCCGAUAUAUAAUUCAAUGAAAUUUUUAACACGCGUGUACCAUUUUUGCUGACUUAUACAAUAUAUAAAUAUGUAAGCAUAAUAAUACAAAAAAAAGUAAUGAGAAAACGAAAAAGUGGACAAGAAAAGGUAAAAAAGAAAUCACAACGAAUGGUUUAAUUCGCUAUCACGUGAAAUUCAUCCUACAAUUAACUUUUCUUCGGUUUAUCACAUUCCAUAUAGAGUUGUUUUAAAAGAUAAUUAAAAGUUUGAAAAAAAAUUGUACUCCUCUCAUCUGUAAGUCAUCAUUUAGAAUUAUAUAUUAUGUACCUUAAGUUUUUGUCUUAGAAUAUUUCUCCUCUUUCAGGAGGAGAAUUUAUUUACAGGUCCGUAAGCUUUUUAUUGAUUUAAAAAAAAAACUGAUGUUUUAUUCUGAAUCUGAAAAAUAAAGAAUGAAAAAAAAAUGAAUUGAACCAAUUACCACACAAAA